GGUUUACAUAUACUUAGAGCCGACAAUCUAUGAUCUAGAUUAGAAAUCGCAUCAAUUCAGAAGGCAGACGCUACUUUCCAGAAGGGGGUUCUUAGAGGCAUCCAGCUCCGACGGCUCCGUCGCCGCUGGCGGAUGAUGCCCAGCAACACUCACAGAGUUCAGACGAUCGUUUCCUUAUGAUCUGUCCACUUGACUGAUUCUCAGAUCCUUGAGUGUGUGCCCCGAAAAAUGCAAAAUAUCAGAUGUCGAUUGUGUCGGGCGUCGAUCCUGGCGAGAAGCUGCCUCCUGGCAGCUCUUCUGGGCAUCAUUGCCUCUAUGCCAUUUGCAAACGCUGCAGAGACGGUCAGCUGCGAUUUUGGAACCCAGCCGGGUCUCUGGGUGGAACAACAAGAGCUUGAAACAACAUCAGGCAGUGUAGCGGAACUUCUUACAGAAAAUCUGCCCGUCUGGCAAGUUCUCGACUCGCAAUGCCAACUGGAGCCAUUGCUCAAUCAGCGCGUACAGGCAGCGGGAGGAUCAAAGGACAGGUCAGAAGGGGCGCAGCGGCAUAUUGGGGUCCUCCUCUUUGGGGAUUCCAUAGACUAUAGGAUUGCACGCAGCUUCUGUAAUGCUGCGCUAGGCCAUGGACUGGAGCAUAUGAGCGACGAUGGGAUCGCGAUACACCAC